AUGGUGAAAGUAACACCACUAUCAUUACAAACUGCUAUAAACAAUAUAAUUUUCAUUGCCCCCGAAUUAUCAUUCCUACGUUUUUUCAGCAUCCUAAUCGAAUUCUAUGCAGCAUGUUUCAUAUUCUUAUAUAAAACCAUCAAAAUCACAUUCAUGAACUUCCUAAAAAAUUUCUCAAACUCCGUCAAUAAAUUCGGUUCUUCAUAUUUACUGAUCUAUAACUCACAUGGAAAGGAUUUUAUGGCUGAUGUUUGGGUGGGCUGUAAAGCAACCACCAUAAUUUGUGGUCUAAUUUGGUUCUUUCAUUAUUAUUCCCCUAAUGAAUCAAAACAACACUAUGCAUAUCUCCUAGCUACUUCAAGUUCCCUAGUUGGGCAUUUGACUUGUGCAAUUUAUCAAAUCAAACAUUUUGUUAUUUUGUUCAAUUCUUCACGGGUUACGUUUGAUAGGAAUCGAAUUAGAUUGAUCCAUGAUUCUAGAAUUAAGAUCAUUGAUGAUCCAAUCCCAAGUGUUUUGAGAAAUGAAACGACAUUUAUGUUAGUAACAUCUGGAUUAAUAUUAACAUCUCCUGGAAAUUCAUUCAAAUUGUUAUAUGUUCUGUUGCAUUCUUUGUUGGGGUUGUUAGGUUUAAUCAAAGUUGAAUCUGGGAUGUUGAUCAAAAGUUCAAUUGGUAAACCAUCCUGGUCGUUUAGUAGAUUUUCAAUCAAGAAUAAGUUGCUAUUCUUAAGUACAUUCUUGGAAAACAUAGUUAUGAUCAGGUUCUGGUAUGAAGCUUUUAAAUACGGGUCCAUUGAAAGGAUAAUUUUAUUCACUUCAUAUUAUUUAUUGAAAUGGGAACAUCUGACAACUGCAAAAGCAAUAGUAAGAUGGAUAUUUAGUACGUUUGCUGGUUUACAUAAACGACUUACCAAGAGCAAAAAGGAUAAACGCCUGUUUUCAACAGUUGCAAAUAACCACCAUCAUUUCAUUCCGGAAGAUACUUUGAAAAUCGAUUUCGAUAAUUUUAGUAUUAUUAGCGAUCUACAUUAA